UCCCGCCCACCGCCCCAAAGGCCACAGGCGGGCCCCGAGCGGAAAGAAUGCCACAUGUGGCCUUCAGACAUUGUGCGCCCGGAGUCCACUUCGGUCCUCCGACCGGCCCUGUUCCAGGGGAGAGACUGAGUGGGACCUGGGCUCCUGAUAGCCAUCUGGGUGAGCCCGUCCUGUAAGCCAGAGGGACCGGCUGUGCCAGAGACAAGCAAACAACUAUUACCGCGCAAGACUGUGGGCGGGAAGAGGAAGCCCGAAGUGAGCACGGACAGGGCUGGAGCUUUGAGAGAGAGUGAGCCCAAGAGCAACCCAGAGAGAGCUGGGCCUCUCCAGAGGCCGACCCUGUCCCCCAGCCCCUCGCUCAGCGGCUCGGCAGCGCAGCAGCUUAGCCCUGCCCUGCCUGCUGCUCGCCUCUUCCAGGCCGGCUGCUGCUGUAGCCAACAUUGCUGGGGCAGCCCUCCUUCCCACCCACAAUGGCCGUAUACCGCGUGUGUGUGACCACUGGCCCCUACCUGAUGGCCGGCACACUGGACAACAUCUCCGUUACACUGGUGGGCAUGUGUGGUGAGAGCCCCAAGCAGCUGCUGGAUCGGGUGGGCAGGGACUUCGCCCCUGGAUCGGUGCAGAAGUACAAGGUGCGCUGCUCAGCAGAGCUGGGUGAGCUCUUGCUGCUGCGUCUACACAAGGAGCGCUAUGCUUUCUUCCGCAAGGACUCCUGGUACUGCAGCUGCAUCUGUGUCACCGCCCCUGAUGGUACCCUGUCCCACUUCCCCUGCUAUCAGUGGAUUGAGGGCUUCUGCACCAUAGAGCUGCGACCAGGAACAGCAAGAACUAUUUGUCAGGACUCCCUUCCCCUCCUUCUGGAUCACAGGAAACGGGAACUCCAGGCCCGACAGGAAUGCUACCGCUGGAAAGUCUACGCCCCUGGCUUCCCCGGCAUUGUGGACGUCAGCAGCUUUGAGGAGAUGGAGUCAAACAAGAAAUUUGCCUUGACCAAGAUGACACCUUGUGCAGACCAGGGUGACAGCAGUGGGAAUCGGUACCUGCCUGGCUUCCCCAUGAAAAUUGACAUCCCAUCCCUGCUGUACAUGGACCCCAAUAUUCGCUACUCAGCCACCAAGACGACCUCGCUGCUCUUCAAUGCCAUCCCUGCGUCCUUGGGGAUGAAGCUUCGAGGGCUGCUGGACCGCAAGGGCUCCUGGAAGAAGCUGGAUGACAUUCGGAAUAUCUUCUGGUGCCACAAGACCUUCACUUCAGAGUACGUCACAGAGCACUGGCAUGAAGACCACUUCUUCGGGUACCAGUACCUGAAUGGUGUCAAUCCUGUCAUGCUCCAUUGCCUCUCCAGCUUGCCCAGAAAGCUGCCUGUCACCAAUGACAUGGUGGCCCCUUUGCUGGGACCAGGCACCUGCCUGCAGACAGAGCUAGAGAGGGGGAACAUCUUCCUAGCCGACUACUGGAUCCUGGCGGAGGUCCCCGUCCACUACCUAAAUGGCCGCCCUCAGUACGUGGCCGCCCCGCUCUGUCUAUUGUGGCUCAACUCCCAAGGGGCGCUGGUGCCCUUGGCCAUCCAGCUCAGCCAGACUCCCGGGCCCGACAGCCCCAUCUUUUUGCCCACUGACUCCGACUGGGACUGGGUGCUGGCCAAGACGUGGGUGCGCAACUCCGAGUUCCUGGUGCACGAGAACAACACGCACUUUCUGUGCACGCACUUGCUGUGCGAGGCCUUCGCCAUGGCCACGCUGCGUCAGCUGCCUCUCUGCCAUCCCAUCUACAAGCUCCUGCUUCCCCACACUCGCUACACGCUGCAGGUGAACACCAUCGCAAGGGCCACGCUGCUCAACCCUGAGGGCCUUGUGGACAAGGUCACGUCCAUCGGGAGGCAAGGUCUCCUCUACCUCAUGAGCACUGGUCUGGCCCACUUCACCUACACCAAUUUCUGCCUUCCGGACAGCCUGCGGGCCCGCGGCGUCUUGGCCAUCCCCAACUACCAUUACCGAGACGACGGCCUGAAGAUCUGGGCCGCCAUUGAGAGCUUUGUCUCAGAAAUCGUGGGCUACUAUUAUCCCAGUGAUGUGUCAGUGCAGCAGGAUUCGGAGCUGCAGGCCUGGGUCGGCGAGAUUUUUGCUCAGGCGUUCCUAGGCCGAGAAAGCUCAGGCUUCCCACGCCAGCUGUGCACCUCAAGAGAGCUGGUGAAGUUCCUCACUGCAAUCAUCUUCAACUGCUCCGCCCAGCACGCUGCUGUCAACAGUGGGCAGCAUGACUUUGGGGCCUGGAUGCCCAAUGCCCCAUCAUCCAUGAGGCAGCCCCCACCACAGGCCAAGGGGACCACCACCCUGAAGAGUUACCUAGACACUCUCCCAGAAGUGAACAUCACCUGUAAAAACCUUCUCCUCUUCUGGUUGGUCAGCCAAGAGCCCAAAGACCAGCGCCCCCUCGGCACCUACCCGGACGAGCACUUCACUGAGGAGGCCCCGCGGCGGAGCAUCGCUGCCUUCCAGGGCCGCCUGGCCCAGAUCUCGAGGGACAUCCGAGAUCGCAACCAGAGCCUGGCGCUGCCCUACGCCUACCUGGACCCUCCCCUCAUCGAGAACAGCGUCUCCAUCUAACCCCCUCCUCCUACCACCUGGGAGAGAAAGGCCCAAGCAUGAGGAGGGCCAACUUCUCAGGGUCCUCUAGGCCAUGCUGCCCUCUCUGUUCUCUGUCAGCCUGAACCUUCUCCUCUGCAGGUGGGGACCUUUUCCACCCAAGAUGGCUCUAGCAUCAUGUGAACUGGGCCCUAAGCUGUGAGGGACCAAUACAGCAGGGUCCAGGGUGAGAAGCUGCUGGCUGACGUCAAACGCACAACAGGCUCCUCCAAAAGGAAGGAACCCCAUCAUCCUUUGCCCUACUUUGGGCGGCCUCCUGCUCCCCUCUCCUGUGAAAAUCUACCUCCUCCCAUUGGGACCCUUGGCUUGGGACUCGGAGCUG